UUGUAAGGAUACUCAUAAACAUUGCUAGUAUCUCAGAAAACAUUAUCAUCAAUAAGCCUGUGAUGAAGGAUUUCCUUAAAACAGUGGAUAUCCUUGUUUCAGAUAAAGCCGUUACAUCAUGGCAAAGUUUGACAAAAGAAAACACCAGCAUUUCACUUCUGAGUGCUAUUGAGAAUGUAACAGCCCGUCUCUCAGAUGCUAAUUUUACGAUUACUGAAACAUCCAUUGAGUUGAAUAGAACUGUAAUAAAGAACUCAUAUAGUGGGAAAUCAAACCUGCCAAACUCAACUACUGAGAUUCUGAUACCACAGGUUAACAACAUAUCCUUUACAUUUGACAUUACUGAUCAGUCUUUGGGAAAUCCUCAGUGUGUCUUUUGGAACUUCAAUCUCAACACAUGGGAUUCCACUGGAUGUGAAGUAAAGCCCUCAAGGAAUGAAAUUGGCAAGAUUACUUGUGAAUGCAACCACACAACCUCUUUUUCAAUCCUAAUAUCACCGUUUCACAUUAAUCACGUAGCCUAUAUAACUUGUAUUUCAAUGGCCAGCUUGAUUAUAUGCCUGAUUAUUGAGACUAUCGUAUGGAAGUCAAUGACAAGAAAUGACACAUCCUACAUGCGACAUGUCUCCAUAGUCAACAUUGCUGUGUCCCUGCUGAUCGCAAACAUCUGUUUUAUCAUUGGAGCUGCAAUCACAGAAAGUGAGCAGCCAACAUCAGUGGGUCGCUGCAGUCCAGUGGUUUUCUUCAUGCACUUUUUUUACCUGGCUCUUUUCUUCUGGAUGUUAAUGUCAGCACUGUUGCUCUUUUACCGUACAGUCAUGGUCUUGUCUCAAAUGUCAAGGACUAAAAUGAUAAUGAUUGCUUUCAUAGUCGGUUAUGGUGCACCUUUGCUUAUAGCAGUCAUUACUGUUGCAUCAACAGCUGGAAAUCAAAAUUAUGUUUCCAAAAGAAAUGCAUGCUGGCUGAACUGGUAUGAGUCAAAGGCCCUGCUGGCAUUUGUGAUUCCAGCUCUCACUAUUGUAGCCAUAAAGCUUGUGGUUUUGAUUGUGGUUCUAUACAAGAUGUUGAGGAGAGGAGUUGGUGCUGCAACUCAACCAGAUGAGAAACAUGCUCUGGUGGUCAUUUCCAGAUGUGUGGCCUUUUUGACUCCUAUCUUUGGUCUAACAUGGGGAUUUGGAAUUGGAACCAUGGUGUCACAAGAUUUAGGCAUUCAUGUGGUGUUUGCACUCCUCAAUUCACUGCAGAUCCGUGAGGUUCUUGCAGGAAGGCUGUCACCAAGGAACCUUUCCAGCUCAAACCGUACCAGGAGUACUAAUGCAGGACCAUCAUCUUCAUACCCAGCGGACUGGGUAUCUUUCUAAGGAGAAGAAGUAAGUUGAUAAAUUAUAAAUUAUACAUAUACAUACAAAAACACGCGCACACACACAUAUAUUUAUUUUAGUUAGCUAUUAAACUAGUCUUAAUAUCAAAUGUGUGAAUAUAUAUUUGAAGUAACACAAAUAACUAUUUGCAGAUGUUUACAACUUAUCUAGAGGUAGCGUUUUCUCAACUUCAUCUUCAAAUAGCUCCAGUGGCUCAGAUACUUUUAUGAAUGCAUGAUCAGCUACUUCAUUAACUAUAGUCUACUUUUUUUUUUUUUUUUUUUAA